AUGGAACUUGUUCGGGACAGUAAAUGGCUUCAAUUUCAAUUAACACCGAUCUUACAAGAAAUACAGAUUGAUUCUGAGUCUACACUGCAAUGGUGUCCAGAUUUCAUAAAUAAAGAAGAAACUAAUAGCUUGUUUGAUCACUUGAUGAAAGAAUUGAAUUUCGAACACACUCAGAUCACUAUGUAUGGGAAGCCAAUUCAUUUACCUCGCCUUCAAUCGUGGUUCGCCGAUGAGGGAAUUGUCGUCAAAGAACUGUUUCAGAAGCAAAAGCAACAUGUUUGGACAUCGCCUAUGCAAAUGUUAAAAGCUCAACUUGAAAAACAAUUGAAUGUCAAAUUCGAUUAUUGCUUAGUUAAUCUGUACAGGGAUGGAAAUGAUUAUAUUAAUUUUCAUGCUGAUAAUGAAGCAAAAGAUAUAAUUGCUUCCAUAACAUUGGGUGCUACACGCAAGUUUCUGGUUCGACAUCUUCGUUGUUUUGGUAAAAACCUCACUCGAAAACGAAAGCAGUUAACGAAUCCAGAGAAGAAAGAUUAUGAGUUCUCAUUGACAAACGGAUCGUUGAUUGUGAUGUCAGGUGCAACACAGCAAUACUGGAAACAUUCGGUACCCAAGGAGAAACAUGUGAAAACUCCUCGCCUCAAUCUGACAUUUCGUACUUUAUAA